AUGAAGGUCUUGAUGAAUUCGAACGCUAUAUCUGAGAAGCCGGCCAAUAAAGAAAUCAAUGUGCUAGCGUGGUGGAAGGCACACCAAACGCAGUUUCCUCACCUUGCACAUAUGGCUCGCGACUACCUGGCAAUUCCGGCAUCCUCCGUUGCUUCCGAACGUGCCUUCUCUGCGGGUGGAAACACGAUCACGAAUAAGAGGUCUAGCUUAGUGCCUAAGACCGUAAGAGCAGCACAGUGUUUUCGGUCAUGGACACAGGGACCGUUGAGAGAGACAAAUCAAAUGGAGACUGAGAUGUUAAGCAUAAGCAACAAUAAUGUUAAGACGCAGAAGAUCAGGUGGAAAGAGACCGUUAGAUUCGCAAGAUAUCCAGGACAAGUCAACUGUAAUCAAAAAAUUAAAAAAGCAGUACCGGGGUGGAUAUACUACGCCGUUGCCGCGCAGCCCAACAUUAAACAUUCGCCAGUAGAACUUCCGUUCUUUGAGGAGAAGGAUGAUGAUUCCUCCCAAGAGGAUAACGAUGAUAAUAACGAAGACGAAGAAGACUUGCUUACUUGUGACCUUGGCAGCUCAAAAAAAUUGGAUUUUGCCUUCGAGUCAGAACCAUCACAGAUCAUCGACUUAUCCGCACACAUGAAGGGAUGGUUUUCUGUCGAAGAUAGGAAGUCUGAUGAAAAAUUGCGAGACUAUAUUGCGAGUUCCCGAACUGACAGGCGAGGAGAAACUCAUUUGUUUUGA